GAAACCCUUGCAGGGCUUCAUAAGCACAAUCGCCUCCCUGCCUUGGUCUCUCUCGCUUGCCAUGGCUGACGCCGCCAAAGCCGAGGGAAACAAGGCCUUCUCCGCCGGCCGCUUCGACGACGCCAUCCUUCACUUUUCCAAGGCCAUCGAGUUCGCUCCCGACAAUCACAUCCUCUACUCCAACCGCUCGGCUGCCUACGCCUCCCUGCAGCGCUACGAUGCCGCACUCGCCGACGCACGCAAGACCGUCGAGAUCAAGCCUGAUUGGGCCAAGGGCUAUAGCCGCCUAGGCGCAGCGCACCUCGGGCUUGGUGAUGUCGACCAGGCUGUCGCCGCGUACGAGAAGGGCCUCGAGCUCGAUCCUGCCAGUGACGCCCUUAAAUCCGGCCUUGCCGAUGCACGCGCCGCCAUGGCCAAGCCCAGGGUCCCGCCUCCGCAAGGAGCGUCCCCCUUCUCCAAGAUCUUCCAGGGGCCUGAGCUAUGGACGAAGCUGACGGCGGAUCCGACCACCAGGGGUUACCUCCAGCAGCCUGAUUUUCUCAACAUGAUCCGCGACAUCCAAAGAAAUCCUAACAACCUCAACAUGCACCUCUCUGAUCCGAGGAUGAUGCAAGUGAUCGGGGUUCUUCUCAACGUGAAGAUGAGGGAGUCCACGGAUGGGAUGGCGAGUGAGACUUCUGAGCCAGAACAAGUAAAAUCACAUCCGGAGCCAGCGAAGAAGGUCCCUGAGCCGGAGCCUGAGCAGCAGUCGGAGCCCAUGGAGGUAUCAGAUGAGGCGAAAGAAACUAAGCAGAUAAAGGCUGAGGCUCAAAAGGCGAAAGAAGCAGGGAAUGCUGCUUACAAGAAAAAGGACUUUGAGACGGCAAUUCAACACUACACUCGUGCAAUGGAGCUUGACGACUGUGACAUUUCCUACCUCACUAACAGAGCUGCAGUCUACUUGGAGAUGGGAAAGUUUGAAGAAUGCAUAAAGGACUGUGACAAAGCUGUUGAGCGUGGAAGAGAACUUCAUUCUGACUUCAAAAUGAUUGCAAGAGCAUUGACUAGGAAAGGGACUGCUCUUACAAAACUUGCCAAAAAUUCUAAAGAUUAUGAGCCUGCUAUUGAAACUUUCCAGAAAGCCCUAACUGAACACAGGAACCCUGACACUUUGAAAAAGCUAAAUGAAGCUGAGAGGGCAAAGAAAGAAUUGGAGCAAGAAGAAUACUUCAAUACUGAACUAGCAGAUGAGGAGCGCGAAAAAGGCAAUGAGCUUUUCAAGCAGCAAAAGUAUCCAGAAGCAGUGAAACAUUAUACUGAAGCUAUAAAAAGGAACCCAAAGGAUCCAAAGGUUUACAGCAAUAGGGCUGCAUGCUAUACCAAGCUGGGCGCUUUGCCAGAAGGUCUAAAAGAUGCAGAGAAGUGCAUUGAGCUGGAUCCAUCCUUUUCUAAAGGAUACACAAGGAAAGGUGCUAUCCAAUUCUUCAUGAAAGAAUACGACAAAGCAUUAGAGACAUAUCAGGAGGGCUUGAAACUUGACUCAAGCAAUCAGGAGUUGUUGGACGGUGUGAGGAGGUGCGUUCAACAAAUCAAUAAAACCAACAGAGGAGAAAUAAGCCCGGAAGAAUUGCAAGAGAGACAGGCAAAGGCCAUGCAGGACCCGGAAAUACAAAAUAUCCUAACAGAUCCUGUCAUGCGACAGGUGUUGAUUGACCUCCAAGAGAACCCUAAGGCUGCACAGGAUCAUCUCAAGAACCCCCAAGUGAUGCAGAAGAUACAAAAGCUUAUGGCGGCUGGAGUCGUUCAAAUGAGAUAGAACGUGAAGUAUGUGGGAGUCGUUGGUCAUCAUUUUGUCUUUUUCAGCUGUGAACAUAAACAUAUUACAAGUGCUUUAUGAUUCCUCCUCCAAGUUAUUGUCUCAGUUAUGCCUUUGUUUUAGUACUUGUUAACUCAGUUUCAUCAUUAUUUUGCGCUUGAUGAUUAAAA